ACGGUAGACCCGGGCAGUGCAAGCCGGGCUGCCUGCCCGACGAUACGGUCGUUUCGUUGGGGUGUCGCGGUGAUACAUCCGGUUUCUUUUCCCCCCCGAACUCGCGCAUUAUCGCUUGUUCAAGAUCGAAUCGGUCUCUCCCUCCGGUCGCUUCCGGCGCGUGCAUCCGACGGGAUUUCCCGCGCUCUUAUCGAGGGGAAAAAGUGGGCGCGCUGCCAGGACAAUACUGGAAGAGAACACGUGCAUCCGUGCGAAAGGGAGCCGAAGGGAGCGCGCUCGAGGGGUCGCAUACGCACCCCUUAUCCCCCUCUUGGAAGCUCGCGCUGCGGACAAGUAACAGAAUACACGAAGGCUUCCAUGUCACUUUGAGAACGAGCGAUAACAAUCACGGGAGAUGAUUUCGCGGCAGGAGGGCGAGCCACAUGGCUCCAGCUGUCGUCAAACAAGAUUCUACAUCUCUGUCACAGGAAUGUUGUGAGCCAAGAUCCGCGAUUGUGAAUCAGCAACAGAUACGGAUCUUUAUGCCGGCAAUCAACAGCGGUCAGCAGGAAGUGACGAGAGACGCGAUUGGGACUUAGGGAUCCCCUGUUUCCUCCAUUGAGAAUAAACGGGAUCGAAAAGCCGUCAGGAUGUUUAGCAACAACGCACUAAAAUCUUUUAUGAAGAAGAUGAAUGUAAUGACGCAACCGGAAACCGGUGCGUCGGGGUCAGUUACGCCGGAAGAGAGUGGAAAAACUUUGAGCAGAUUACUGGGAAACAUCAUGGCCACAGGAAACGUCGCGAAGCCGGCCAAGGUCACCCCGGUGGAAGACAUUCAGUCCAAAGAGGAAUCCUCCACGAUUGAAUCUAUAAAAUCAAAGUCGGAAGCGAGCGCCAAGACAAGUAGCGGAGACGACUGCAGAGUAUGCCGGAAGUCGUUCGGUCCCGAAGAAGUCUCACGAACUUGUUGCGAGUGUCAACACAAGGUUUGCGAGGAUUGCGCCUCGUAUUCGACGACAACGAAUUCUGACGAUCCAUCUUCUUGGCGAUGUAGCGUUUGCCGCCGAAAGAUCGCCUCGAGGGACCAGCCGAUAGUAACACAGGAAUCCACGGAUUCGCUGCUAGACGUGCCGAUCCUCGAGGCUCUCCAGAGGAGGCAUAGCGAUGCUCGACUUGGACCUAGCGGAAGUCAAAUAGGCGCACUCGGAACAGGAUUGGCUCCGCCACGAAGCCCGGAAAUCCGAAGGCAUUCCGAUGUUUCACCAGCUAGUCUCAAGGAAUUGGAGAAGUUUCGAAAGGUUGCAGGGGAGCGCCAGAGGGAGGAGCUCAAAUGGGAGCGCGAUCUGGACCGGAAGAGCAAGUCGAGGGGUGGCUCGCCGGAUCGUCAUCAGGCUUCCGACAGAGGGAGAGCGACUAGCCCUCAGAGGGUCGUCAUGCCGGCUCAGACGGGCGCGAUCGAGCAGGAAGGUGGCGAUUUGGAUGAUGAAGAAGAACGUCGACGACGCGCUCGUCGCGGAGGAGGUACGAUUCGUCGCAAGUCUCGGGUGACCAGACAAAGAUCCUACGACGAUGAAAUUAAAACGGCGGCCGCGAUGGCCGGUAGUGGCGCGCAGCCGACGCAUCCCGACACCGGCCUAGGACUUCCGGUCCAGCUGCCGAGACGAGCGUCUGCCUAUGACGUUUACGCCGCACCCGGAAGCAGCGGUCUCAAUGCAAUGGCCAUCGCCGCCGCCCAACAAAGAGCCUCCAUCUCGGCGCAGGGUGCUCGAGAACCUGAGGAACGACCCGUAACGCGCAGGUCUUCCUUCCGUGCUGUAAAGCCGGUGAUGCCUUACGAGGUCGCGGCCGACGAUGAGAAAAUGAUUAAGCUAGAUUCGUCAUCCGCACCUGCAGUGGCAUCGCCUGCAGUAUCCCAGCCCGUUCUUAUACCCGACGAAGAGAGACGUAAUCGUCGAAGAGGCUCCCAAUUACCUGACAUAAACGCAAUAAGGGCAUUGACAUCAGCUCAACCAGGAGCGGCAAAAGCCGCUCCUUCAACGGCUGUUAGCAGGGUCGCAGCUGAAGAACGUGAAUUGCCUAGACAGAGCAGUCUGGUCGACGGGGAGGGCAUUAAGAUCGUCAUUCAUGACGUCGACAGUGAUCUUACUCCACGGAUGAAUGCGAAGAGGAGAGUGAAGCUGAGGAGAGAUCCAGUCAUGGAUAAAGGACACAGAACACGUGGAUUUGGCAUGAGAGUAGUGGGCGGCAAAACCGGAUCGGACGGGCGCACCUUUGCAUGCAUCGUGUGGACUGUACCGGGUGGCCCUGCCGAGAAAGCCGGUUUGCAACAAGGCGACAAGGUGCUAGAAUGGUCCGGCGUAUCUCUUAUCGAUCGGAGCUUCGAGGAGGUGCAGCAGAUAAUCGAGCGAACCGACGACGUAGCGGAGUUGGUGGUGGAGCAUGCGACCGAUAUUACUGGAGAUUUACUAGACGAUCCGCAAUCUGGGAAAACACCUACAAAUUUGGGUCUUCUAAUGGAAACCGAAACGGACAAAACGCCCUCGUCGCCGACGCGCAGGAAACUGCCAAAAACGCCGGAGCAAUUAGCAAAAGAGAGGCAGGUGACUGGUCGCAUACAAAUCCAAGUUUCGUACGAGGCAGAACGCAAGGAAUUGGUCGUUUCAGUUUUUAUGGCCGAUGACUUAUGUGCUCGAGAAGACACUGGAUUUGGUACCUUGCCGGAGGCUUUCGCUAAGCUUAUCCUUGCUCCGCCAUGCGGCGAUGCAACUCUCCUAAAGACUAUCGUGGCCGAGCCGACCCAGAAACCUAUCUGGAAUGCUACAUUGUUCUUUACCGGAGUUGAUGGCGAGAGUCUGAUGGAACGUGCGAUUGAGGUGACUCUCUGGGAUUACUGUCCUGAUGGUGAUAAUGUGUUCCUCGGUGAAUGCACUGUCGAUGUUCAACGAGCGCUUGAAAAUGAUCGAGCGGUUUGGUAUCGAUUGGAGGAUCCACGUGGGCUUCGAACGGGUAAAUCACCAUACUGCUCGCCACGCGGUUCGCUGUCAAUGGACAUUGCCCAACGGUUGCUGAGAAAGGAGCUGCGAGAUCGUAGCUAUAGCGACGACACACAGAGCGACAGCGGUAGCCCAGAAUUCUGUUUCUUGCAUCCAGAUCACGCCUGGCACAGUAGUUCCAGACGAGGUUCCAGCCAGUCCGAACAGCUCGAGGUUGAGCCUUAUGAGCUCAGUCGGGAUUACAGUAGAUCUCUGCCAGGUAGCCGCAGGAGCAGCUUCCAAAGUCAAGGCGGCACUGAUAGCAAACGUGGAAGCAUGGGCGAAACCGAUAUGCCUGCUAUAGUGCAUUAUAAUCGUGAUCGGCGGCGAAGCUCAUUCACAAGACCGAUGAGAGAUCCUGAAGAGAUACUGGAGGGUUUGCGAACGCUGAAGGCGGCCAAGGGUGAGCUCAACAGGACGAUGAGCCUCACGGGCGACAAGAGACGCGGCAGCCGGCGGGGUGAGCGCAAAGACAGCGUCAUGGAGAUUCCUGAGAGAUUUUAUGAUCGAAAUAGCGAAUCCGACGAAGAUGAGAAAUGGAGUCAGUCAGCGAGAAAUGAAAACGGCGUCGACCUGAAACUGGGUCGCGGACAGGUGUUGCCGAAAGGAUACAAAAUAAUCAGUGGCGCGCAGAAUGGCGAAGUGCAGCUGGGCUUCUACCUCUGCAAGGGAGCUCUCGAAGUCGAGGUUAUCUGCGCAAGGGACAUCUGUCUCGAGGAGAAAGAGGAGCUAGAUACUUACGUGAAGACGUACUUGCGAGAACGAGACGGCGAGAAGUGGCUGCAAAAGCGCAAGACUCGCGUGGUACGACACUCGAAGAAUCCGCAGUAUCGGCAGACCCUGAAGUACGGCCGUUGCGACAUCCUGCAGGGCAGACAUUUACUGGUGAUGCUGUGGGAGAAGAAACAGGGCUUCGAGAGCAACCAAGGGUUGGGUGGCGCCGAAGUGAACCUCGACCUGCUGCCGCCGAAGGAAUUCAUUUUCGACUGGUAUCCGCUCUUCCCGAUUCACACCCUCGGCUCGCAAAACGCGGACUCACCAUGAUGGCUAAGGGAAAAGUGGGCCCUCGAAGCCGGCGAGCUCGACCUCAGAUUGAGUCUUUUGCUCAAGGACGAGGGCGAGUCCGUCGUCAAGAUUAUCUCUUGAUGGAAAUCAUGGCUGAUCACGUCGCGGUACUGGCUGGUUCAAUACCAGCGCGAUCUCGAUCUUUUCGAGACAACAGCGUUUCUUAUUUUACGAGUCCUUGAAUGUAGCGAUUAGACGCACGUUGUUCCAGAAGAUAAAUCAAGUUUAUCGUUGACGAGAUUCGAGUCUUUCCGUGUUGCGACCUUCUGAUCCUAACUUUAAAAUUUAUUCACAUUAUGCGAAAUAUUCGGACAAAAAGGAAUGUUUAAUAUGCUUUUUGAAUUGAUU